AUGUCGACUCGUCACCCCGCCCGUCCGCGCCGCAUCGAUGAUGCCCUUUCCCAGCUCGUCGAUUCCCUCUCUCCUCCCCUCUCCCUUGACCAGCUUGGGGACGGCUUCCCCGAAGAUCCCGAAGAGGCUCUCGCAGUUGCAGAAGAACAACGACACCAUGAAAGUCUAGAGCGGGCAUGGCGCAUCAUCGACGCGCAGGCCAGUUCUCCCAGCGAUCCGACCUCGCCUGCCGCCGGCCCUGGAAAUCGCAGAGGAAGCUUAGCCGGCGGAGAGAACAUCAACAACGCGUCCGACUUGAUCAAGCGGAAACUGCUACGGGAGAAUGAAAGUCCAGAUAAAGCGGUGCGGUUCUCGAAUCUGUACUCGCGUUUGUUGACGCAGCCGGUCUUGUCGCAGAAAUGGGCCAUCUUGUAUCUGCUUUAUCGACUGUCGGGGUCGGAUGAGUAUGAGGGGAAUAUGGACGAGGAAGGGAGAAGUCGGAGCCCGCUUAUGGAUCCGGUGAAUUUGCCCAAUAUGCUCUUGAAGGGACAGAGGGCAGGACAAGGAGGACGGGGUAGGAUGGAUUAUUCGGAUGAAGAAGGUCCAGCUAUCAGUUCGUCUGCGUCUAAUCUGCCGGCGCGGUUGGAGCGGAAUGGUUCAGGGAGACAAGAGUGGGAGAGGGAUGGGGAUAAGGACUAUGGGUUGUCUGCUGCUGAACGAGCGAGAGAGACCCGGAUCAGUCGUAGUCGUGCGAAUUCUACGCUGAAGGAUAAUGUGGUGGAGGAGCAGAAGCCUCCUUCACAACAGCAGCAACAACAACAACAACAACAACAAUCUCCCGAGGACUCAAGGCCACCUGAGCAGGGACUUUUGCGUGAUCUACCAUUUAACUUGCAGGGUCUGUCUUCGUCGAAUAUGGAAUUCUCGUCUUCUUCUAUCUUGAAACUCCCGCCAACACUACCUAUUCCCCUCAUCUCACUCUUAAACGCCCUAGCCGAACCCUGUCUUUUGUAUAGAGGUUUAUCAGGCUUUGUGGAAAGUUCAGACGGUGGGCUUGUCAGCCAGAGCUUGCGAGCCGCUUUAUCUAACGAGCUUCGCUCUUAUUUGGGCUUAGUUGCGACGUUGGAGGGGGAGAUUCGACGGGCAUUGGCCGAUACGGGAAGUGGCAGCGAUUCCAAAAGUGUGGUCAAGGGUGCAGUUACGUUAAAAAGAUGCGUUGUAUGGACAAGAGAUGCUACAAUGGCACUGCGGCUAAUGAGUCUGAUCGUCGAGGAAGCUCGGAAUAAGAAAGGUGGUCAAUUGAUCUCCUUGAUCCAUGGCUUCUCGACGUCUCACGGAGACCCAUUUGUUUGUGCGUUUGCAGAAAAGCUUCUCACGCAUAUUACACGGCCAUUUUAUGAAAUGCUGCGAUAUUGGAUAUAUGACGGCGAGCUCUCAGAUCCGUACAAGGAGUUUUUCGUCGUGGAGCCGGAGUUCAGACCGAGCACAGAUCCUCGACGUAUUGCAACCAGCGUGUGGGAAGACAAAUACAAAUUGGAUGAUGAUAUGGUACCUUCUAUCAUCACACAGGACUUUGCGAAGAAGGUAUUCCUUAUUGGAAAAUCAUUGAACUUUAUUAGAUAUGGUUGCGGGGACUCUGGAUGGGUCGAAGCCUACUCGAAGGAGGCGUCCAAGGAGCUGCGGUAUGGUGAUACGGCUAGCCUGGAAACGUCUAUUGAUGAGGCUUACAAGACUACGAUGGCACGGCUGAUCUAUCUCAUGGAUGACAAAUUCAAACUAUUCGAUCAUCUCCGGGCACUGAAGAAAUACCUUUUGCUGGGGCAAGGUGAUUUCAUUGCUUUGUUGAUGGAAUCGUUAGCUUCGAACCUUGACCGUCCGGCGAACUCGCAGUACAGACAUACCUUGACUGCCCAGCUGGAACAUGCCAUCCGUGCUUCAAAUGCACAGUACGACUCGCCAGAUGUUCUCCGCCGUUUGGAUGCCCGUAUGCUAGAACUUAGCCAUGGGGAGAUUGGCUGGGACUGCUUCACGCUUGAAUACAAGAUCGAUGCUCCAGUGGAUGUGGUUAUCACACCGUGGGGCUCUACUCAAUACUUGAAAGUGUUCAACUUCCUCUGGCGCGUAAAGCGUGUCGAGUUUGCUUUGGGCAGUACCUGGCGGCGAUGCAUGACCGGGGCCAGAGGUGUCCUGGGCAGCGUCGAUGACAAGGUUGGUCCUGAUUGGAAGCGAGCAAGAUGCGCUAUUGCGGAGAUGAUUCACUUCGUCUGCCAACUACAAUAUUAUAUUCUUUUCGAGGUCAUUGAAUCCAGCUGGGAUCAAUUGGAGGCUGCCAUGUCCAAACCAGGGUGCACGCUCGAUGACCUGAUUGAAGCACAUACCAAAUACCUUAACUCUAUCACGCACAAGGGUCUCUUGGGAUCAUCCUCAUCGGCCAAGAGUGCAUCUUCCAACAAGCAGGAAGAGGGCUUUCUUACCCAGUUACAUCAAAUCCUCAAAGUUAUGCUUGCAUAUAAAGACGCCGUUGAUGGGCUGUACUCGUUCUCUGUUGCAGAGUUCACCCGACGACAGGAGCUCAGCGCAAAGAUCGAGACACGCACUGCGCAAGGUCGCUGGGGUAUGUCGGAACGCGAUCUUUUCCCUUCAUCCCGAAGAGGCCAGAAGAACUCCGUAUCGUCAACACCAAACAUCGCUCAAUCCGGCGACGGGUUUGACACACCAUCCUCUGUGAUGAAUCACGAUCUCUCCGCCGACGACCACAUGCUCGCAUCUUUACAAGUUCGACUCCGCGACCUCUCUGCGGAAUUCCGUUCUCGGUUGAACAUUCUCCUGGGUGACCUUGCAUACCAGCCCGACGUGGACAUGCGGUUCCUCGGUGUAGUGAUGAAUUUCAACGAUGUCUACGAGCCGGUGCGAAGAAGGCGGACCACAGGCGUUUCCUCCAGAGACAAGGAGAGAGCUAGACGGAAAGCCGCAGCGGCCGGAGCAAGCGCAGAGGCCAGCGCGCAAAAGGAUUUAAAGAGGGAGAAGAAGGAACCGGCCGAGACUGAGGCUGCGGGUGGAAAUGGAUCUUAG